AUGUGCAAAUCAGGCAAAAGUCAGAUUCAAAAGGUCUGCAUAAAAUCACGUUCCGCCAGCUUUCAGGUAAGUAAAGAAUAGCUCUAUUUACAUAAUCAUAAGAUGCUUAAUGUUUCGCCAAAAAACCUACGAGCUACUCAAAAGUAAGGAUAUGACUUUAAAGGAAGGCAAGAAUACCAAGUGGGAAGAUGGGGACUUUAUUAAGUGCCAGUGUUUCAUCAAUAUCUUGGUAAUUGCUAAGCGCGAGUGUUCGUGUCAAUUAGCAAAGCGUUGAAUGGCUCAGACAUAAAAGUAGACUACGACAUACGUUUUCAAUAUUUGAGAAGCAUUUAGAACAUAAUCUCUUACCGCGUGCGGAUUGAUUAGAGUCACCAGAGCUGAUUUCAAGUAUUCUAUAACGAGUGUUUUCUUUUCUUAACCAAACUGGAGCUCUUCUUUGUUGUGUUAGUGCGAUCUAAAUUUUAGGAAAGUUUACACCAGUCCUGAUUGUUUAAUUGCUAGAUUUUCAAUAAUCUAUUUGAGGUUUUGCAAUGCUACUGCGAAACUUGAUGGUUAUUAUGGUAACUAAUGCAGUUUGAGUCCUGUUGUUUUUCAAAGGAAGACUUAAUGUCUUCAUUGAGCAGCAUCACAUAAAUUUACCACUCUAGAUUGCAGGCUAUUAUCAUGAGCGCUCUCUUUUAAAAACUUCAAUCAACUUUAGUGGAGUGCUAUUGUUCAUUUAUGAAUGCAUUGAUUGAUUUGGUUAAUGUUGAACUCAGGAUGCCGGUUUUCGUAACAGAUCUCUGAGCGUCGUGAGACUUUACUAUCACGUACAGUCCAGUUUUCAGUAGCGAAACCCAAUUACAAACCCCUUAAGCUAUAUCUGUAGACACAUGCCGAUCGGAUAUAAAACGAUUUUCAAAACAAAAGUCUUGAAAGAUCUUUAUGUUCAAUAUCACAGACACUGCAGUAACAAUAGCGAAUGAAGAAUAACAAUCAUUUCACAAAAGCUUCUCGAGGUUGAUUUUAGGAUAGUAUUCCAUGUAAAAGGUGUCACCAUUUUUUUCCGAAAAGCAAAUAGUCAUUCUGUGUAUGUUUUGUUUUCUCCACAACUAAUGAUGUGUACUAUUCGAAGCAAAAAGGCUACAUUAUCUAACCCGAACGCGGCAGUUUGGGAAAAAGGAUAGUAAUUGAAUAACAUUUAUACUGUUGUAAUAUACAACUAAAGAUUUAUUAUUUAUUCCCAACUGAGAUUUCUGAAAAUAAUUUAAUGGGAAGUAUGUUUUUUAUUCAUUGAGGUUAAGAAAAUAAAUAAAAGCCUUAUUUCAGAUUCGCCUGUAGUUAUUGAUCGCGACUUAACCGAUGCUUUACUGCUUUUUUGUACCCAUAACUAAACAUUGUUUGAAACUGGAUCUUAGUAAAGUAACAUAAAGACACAUCGUUAUACUUAGUCAUACUGCUAAAUACGGUGUUAGAAUGCUCAUUCCCUGAUAGAAGAAUGGCAUUUGUAGUUGUAAACACGUCGAUACAAGCGAUUGAAAGUUCAUUUUUCUAAAUAAUAGUAGUUAAGAUGUUAAUUUUUUGAGGUUGACAUCGUGGGUCAACUAAUGACAUUGUUGAUUUGUACGGCAGAGUUGGUUCAUGACGCCCCUGAAGUUGUUGAUUUUGAUCAUUGGUGCGAUGUUUUGCGUUUCACACUGCGCAAUAAGACAAUAAAUUACUUUCCCGCUGAAUGCGCUGAUUGCUCCUCUGUAUUUCUGUGUGAGAAACACACACCUGCAGCUUUUGUUUUCAAAAUGACAAGUUAAUCAAACACUUUGUUUAAACAAAUACAUUCUCCGCUCUCUGCAGAAGAUUGUCGGCCGGAAAAUGAAAAAUAGCAGCGGGAAUCGUCGAGACAAUUUGAACUAGCUUAAACAAAAUGGAGUUCUCCUCACCAACCACUGUGUAGUAUAUUAUUGAAUAAGAUCAGACUUUUCAAACUUCACUGUGGGGUUACAAAUUCAUAUCCCAUUUAAGAUCUAUACUGAUUACACUAGCAGUUCAUUAUGUAUAAUUUGGUUAGUACAGCUAGAAAGGAAUCAAGGAAAGAGGUUCUGAAAUAACUUAAAAGGUAAGGCAAAACGUUCUACGAAUUCAUUGGGAAGAUAAUGAAAAAAAUUUUUAUUCAAUUACUCAGUUUGGGACGAAGAAAACCUUAAGGAUUUUAACUUAACCCUGAGAGGACCAAUUUGCAAAAACUUACCAAUUUAUCUCUAGAAUUUAAGAGCUAAAGGCACGAAGAGUCUGUCUCCUUUGCUAACGUUCUCUAAUUUAAAAAUCAGUAUUUCAAGUAACGUUCAGUUUUUCUUGCUAUUUUAAGAGUUUAGUUCGAGCUAAAAACAAAUUUCUCAGCAAACGAAGAUGAUUGUUGGUACAGCAAUUAACGAGCGAAAAUAUUAAAUGGAUUACUUCUGCCACCCUUCUUAUUUUAGAAAUAUCUCAAAUGAGUUCUGUUGAUUAUUUGUUUAGUAUGUUUACAGAUGAUAUUGGACUAGGAAAAUGUUUGUUAACAGCACAUUAAAGUGAGUAGUGUUCGACCUGAAUUGGAAAAUAUCCUUCUAUUGUGUUUCUCUGAAAAUUUCAAAAUGUAUUGUUCAAGGUGAGUUAAAAGUUGCCUUUGAUGUGCCAGAGUCGUUCUAUUUUCCGAACUGUGCAGCGUUUCGCAGUUCUGAAGUUGAGACACGCGCAUUUUGAACCCAAAAAACAAAAUUCAUGUUGUCAAAAUAAUUGUACAUGAAGCACCCUCUUGAUUGUACUUGAAGCAUGGGAAAGAGACAUCAGUUCAAUUACACAAAAUAAAGAUUGGAAAAGACACUAUAAACACAUCACAAACCCAAGUCAUUAGCUGAUAAUGAGAGUCUGGCUUUUAAAUAACAAUGUACGAAUACUUAAGUUCGACGCGGUUUAAACACGGUGAAAUUUCUUUUUGUCUGGCCGCGAAAUCAUUUUUUACCCGUUAACAAGUUUUCCUGUCAUAUUUCACAUUCCUAUUCUAUUGCCUCAUGAAUGAGUAACCUAACGACUAUAAUCCACCAUACAAUUUAGACGAGGGACGACCCUUGCUCAAACAAUUUAUCAAAGUUAAGCUUGCGAAAUCUUUAGCCUUACAGCUGCAACAAUAAAUUAUUACCGCACAGAGAGGCUCUCAAUUCUAAUUUUGCUUUCAAUAUGACAAAAUUUACUAGAAUCUUUCCUAUAUGUGCAUCAAUUUUACUUUUUUCUACGCCUUUCCCUUUUUGACUUACUCAUUCCUAAAGAAACGGGUCCAAAAAUGGUUUACACAUGAAUUUUUCUAACCUCCAAUACGUAGAUGGCGUCUGUUGUUGGCGAUCCUGUCUCAGUGAAUUAGUUAGAGCGUCGACGGGCCAGUUUCGCCUUUGAAAACGAUGACUUCAGUCGCUUUAUCUUUAAAACCAACAACUCACUUGAAUGAGCAAUACAGGUUAUUCCUUUAUAAGAAUUAUAUGUUAUUGCGUAUGAAGAACGCUUUCAGGAAUUGGAAGACAUUGUCAGUUAUGAGGGGCGAUUCACUUAUCUUGAUAUUGUCGUCAGUUCCGUCUUGUAAUCCCUUUGUCUUGACAUAAAGAUGCAUUUUUAAGCCUAAUGCAGCGUCUGCCGAUAUCAAUCCAAUUUGAUCUGAGUUUUUGGCAGUACUUAGGAUUGUCAUAAAAUGAAAAUGUUUUUGUUUUUAGGCAAUAGAUCACAGACUAUCUGCCAGCACCAGUUAAUUAGGGGAGCAUUUUAAAAGGGUCAAAUGAUGUUCACUUGACUCGAAGUUCCCUUGCCAGGCAUAUUUUGACGGGUUUGAUUCAUUGUAUCGAUAACACAAAAACUUUUUUUCAUCAUUUCUACUCUUUAUCACGGAUAAAUGUUUUGGUUUGACACUUAAAAAUUUGAGAUGAAGGCUGAUUUAAAAGAGAAGGUUAUGCUAGCGCUGCUGAUCACAAUGGCCUUUGCCAUUGUGUUGCGAUGCCAUUCACGGAAAACGUUUCGACGCCAAAACCUCGGGAAUUUUGGUGAUGAAAUAUGCAAUCUCUGGACAGCCAAUUAAAACAAGUAUCUCAGUAUCAAGUAUGUUUGCUAAAAAAGUUGGCAAAAAUGAAUUUUGGAACUUCUGCUGACGAAAAUGAAUAAGUAUUUCGUCAUACGUCUACUAAACCUUAGUAAAAGCUCAAACACUCUUAAUAUUGCGGUAUGAGCCCAAACCAUUUUUUUAAAGCUAACUUCCUGUGUUGACCUGUGAUGCUAUCACAGUCGACCCCCGCUGCAACGGUCCCCUGCAGAGCGGAGACUAGAAUUGAGCCAGUUUCCAAGCAUUUUGCCACGCUGUUCGCCAGUCUUUGAUUAAAUGGUCGUUGUUGAUUUUAGCAGAUGGAACGUCUUGAGGAGGCUGUUUGCGUCGUGGGAAGUGGCCCCUUGUAGAAAGGUUGAUAACAAAAGGAAAUUUAUGGCUUGCUUUCAUAAAAUACUAUCAAAGAACAAGAUGGGCUAUUGACGUUCCGUGCCUAAGAACUCCAAAGGCUUGAACUUGACAAGUGUAAAAUGCGAAAAAAUAGCUUGUCCAAUUCGUGUGAGUACACAGGUUUAGCCAUGCUGAGCUGCAUUUUGGUGUUGGCUGUGACGGAAGGCAUAUCGUUCCACGCUAGAAAGAUAGUGUCUUACUGUUACUUAGUCUCCUUCCCCUCCAACGGCUCUCUAACCCUAAGCCAUCUGCUGGGCAAAACGUCGGCGAAGGACUUUUUCCUAACGCAAUUUUUACAACACUCCCCACCGAUGCUUUUUAUAAAAAUUUUGCGGAAGGCUCAAUUUAUCUUCGGAAAUCAAGUCUAUGUGAAGUCCUGUCUUUGUCUUAAAAAAAGAAAUUACUACUGGCGAAGUAGCUUUUUGUGCCAAAAUGAAGAAACUGAAGAGAAGGAAUCGAAGAAUGAUUAAGCAAGGUGAUAUUUAACACGGGCCAGAGAAGUAUUUUUUGAAAAUAUAUGGGCUAAACUUUUAGAGAUGCGCAAACAAACAAACUAUUACUAUUCCAUCAUACAUAAUUUUUUUGAGCUAAAACGGCGUCUGAGAUUAUAGCUGUAGCAUUUGUCCAAUUCGCCUUACAUUCGAGUUUUGGUAAGUAGACUCAGAAUAACUUAAGUUUAAAAUUUUGAGAAACAAGGGCUUUCCGAAACGUUCCGUGAGAAUCAAAGAAAAUCAUUAGCACUUGCUUUUACCUUUUCAUCGCCAUGGCUCAAAAAUGGAAUUUCAACAAAUAGACAGAUUUCAUUCAUCCUGUCUUAAUUAGUGCAGGAAACAUCACAAAAGCCUCUGGUGAAACUGAAACCAAAUUGACUUACGAUUACCCAGUCACUUACAUUUCAGGAAAUUACCAGCGGAAUGGUAUACAACACUAAGGAAUCGACCGGUGAUAAGGACAGGAAACGUCAAUGCAUGCACCAUUCAUUGGUCGAAACUAAAAAGGAUAAGGGCACGUGUUUGAUAGUUGUAGAUUUAAGCGUAUGUGAUACGUUUGUGAUUACUUUCAGAUGUUACUGUAAUUGAUAUUCAUGGUGUUAAUAUCGUAUUUUGAGGCUUAAUCAAAUCAUGCGCAGAUUUUGGUAGCGAUUAUUCAUAUUUUGUGUUUUGAGGUGAAUUUGAUGGCUCAACAAUGGAAAAUUUUUCUGUUUCGCCAAUACAAGUUCAUGGCUUUAUGAUCUGAACAACACUGCGAACGGUAAAAGCGGAGACUUAUAACGUUUUUGAGAUCACCUUGGUCGUAACCACAGUGUUCUUACUUUUGGCCGUAUAUCUUCGCCUAAUUCUAUCGAGUUCUCGCUUAUUUUCUGCAUGAGCAACCUAUCAGUUCAUCGAUGCAGGGUCAAUUAGAAUGACACUGAGAUCACAUCCGUUCGCUUGACAUAAAACCUGUUCAUUUGACCAGCUGUCACUCUAAUGCUUUCUGUGCCGGCCGAGUAUAUGAAACAAACUCACUGUACGAAUUAAUCACAGACUAAGAGUAUAUCUUCCUAUCCAAUACGUUUUGGUUUUUCUGUUGGAAGAGUUGGCUGUUGCUGUUGCCUAAGCGGAGUUACAUGAUCAGACUCCUGACAAGUGUGCAAGAUAUAUCUUUUUAAUAUCCUUUCGCUCAGUGUUUCAAAAUGGCGUCGAAAUUCGGAGAUCGGUGAGUUGCUCCAUAAUUAGGAACACUUCUUUCAGAGAGAGUAUCUCUUCGAAUAUGAUAGGCUGAACAAGUGUAUUCCAGUCACAAAAAUUGAGAAUUUCCUGUAUUUCAAAGCAAAUAUUCCCUUUUUAUUUUAAUUUAUAUACUAACUUAAGUUUCAAAUUAAAAGAGAAGUUGAAAUAUUUUAAUCAAGAAAUACGCUACUGAUUUAGGAAAGAAUAUUUUGACUUAAUCUAUUUUUUUUCCAUUUGAUUUAGCAACAAUUUCUUUUCUAAGAAGAAACUAUAUUGAAAUACUCUUUUUCUUCUUUGCAUUAAACAACUUCCCGAUGCAAUAAUCCUCGGAACAAUCGUUGGAUUAAGGGUGAAACACUUGUAACACUUGUUGUGAAGUUAAACGCCAGCAUAUGAAAUUACUGUGCAUACACAAAGAGCUUCUGCUUCUAAGUAAGAGCAGGGACACACUCUUUCAUUCAGGAUUCAGGUACCUAAGGUGAAAAGAACUUUUAGGUGACGUUUAACAAAGUUCUCUUUACAAGGUCACAACAGAUACUGGAAACGAAAUACUAAUACUUGACAUUUAUUUUUACAUUUUAUACGAUUCUCAGAUGGAAAUUAAGUGAUUGAAAAUUCCUUACCAACAGUGCGAAAGAUAUCAAGAGAAUGACGAACGGCACAAGCUCAAAUGCGACAAUGACAUCUCCAACGCCCUCUGACUGCAUGAGAUUAUUCACUCCUACCGAAGAAUGGCUCCAAGUGUCUUCAUUUCUGAUCAUUAUCUUCUUCUCCAUUAUUGGAAAUGCUGUCGUUAUCAUCAUUAUUAAGAAAAAAAGGCACAUACACACUCCAACAAACUACUUUAUCGUGAAUUUGUGCACUGUGAAUCUGUUGAUCUUGUUGCUCAAUGCAGUUCCAUACAUCCAGGGAAGAAUUGCACCACACCUAGGAUUUGUGGUUUCUGGUAAGAAUUCGUCUUGGUGUAUGUCGAUUUAGGAAAAUGGUGGUGAAUAUCAAUUCUCCUUGUUUUUGUGUUGUUGUUUUUUGAGAAACGCAAGAUUCUUAAGCUAGGAGCUUACUGUAGUCGAUCCAAGUUUUUUAGAGGCAUAAUUGGGUUAUGUACACUUGCUGGAUGAUAUCUUUCUGCUGUCAUAAUGUGCCGAUAAAUUCGAUGCUUUAACAUCCCCCCUCCCCUCCCUCUUCCCCCCCAUCAUCUUAUACAAUAAGUUCUCCAUUAUUUCACUUCGGUUAGCCAAGACACUUUCCUGUGCAUUCUUUGCAGGUUGGCCCGGAAAGAUUCUUUGCAAGCUGCAAGCGUUUCUUACAUCUUGUACAAUAAAUUCCGCCAUCUUGACGCUCGCAAUGAUUGCUGCUGAUCGAUUUAUUGCCAUAUUUUUUCCCCUGAAAAGACUAAUUCAUUCCCGAAGAGCGAUCCAGCUGAUCUUUGUGGCAUGGCUUAUUCCGGCUUUACCAGGGUGCAUCUUUCUUUACGUCAAUGACCUCGUUGAUUUCGAUGGAACUGUGUACUGUAUGGAAAUAUGGGAACCGGCCAUCCCAAUGUACUAUAACACAAUUUAUACAACAGCCGAUUUCAUCAUGUUUUAUGCCUUGCCUUUGUUGGAAAUCAUCAUUCUUUACAUCGCCAUCAUCUACAGGAUAUGGAUGCGAAGGAUUCCAGGGCACGUGACUACAGCCAAUCAACAAGUCGAACUCAAAGCCAAAAAGAAUGUACUUAAGAUGCUCAUCGUAGCCGUUCUUACGUUCGCAUUAUUCUGGCUUCCUGUAAAAAUAAAUGUCAUGAUUGGGCUUUACAGCCAUGCUCCCUGUGUGUUAACUCCUAUUCGUCGAUUCCUGGCACUCUUUUUGGCCUGUGGUAACUGUGUAAUAAAUCCAAUUAUCUACAUUGUAUUCAGCCAGGACUUUAGAAACGGUUUCAAGGCUCUCUGCCACUGCCUACCCUGCUUUUCUGCUGAUGUUCCUCGUGUGCACAGCCAAUCCAGAAAUGUGAGCGAGAUAAGCUUCUCUGUAAAACACAAUGGUCACAGCGGUCUUAGCCUAACGAAAUUUCAGAAGAUUGACGACUAG